UGCUGCUCGCCCCGUCGUUACACCAACCCAAGGCUCUUUGUUUCCUCUCUUGGAUCUGUUGAGUUUCUUUGUUGAAGAAGCCAGCAUGGGUGCCCAGUUCUCCAAGACCGCAGCGAAGGGAGACGCCGCCGCCGAGAGGCCCGGGGAGGCGGCCGUGGCCUCGUCGCCUUCCAAAGCAAAUGGGCAGGAGAAUGGUCACGUAAAAGUGAACGGGGACGCGUCGCCCGCCGCCGCCGAGCCGGGCGCCAAGGAGGAGCUGCAGGCCAACGGCAGCGCCCCGGCCGCCGACAAGGAGGAGCCCGCGAGCGGCGCUGCCGCGACCCCCGCCGCGGCCGACAAGGAUGAGGCCGCCGCGGCCACCGAGCCGGGCGCCGGCGGGGCCGACAAGGAGGCCGCCGAGGCCGAGCCCGCCGAGCCCGGCUCCCCCGCCGCCGAGGCCGAGGGCGCGUCCGCCUCCUCCACGUCGUCGCCCAAGGCGGAAGACGGGGCCGCGCCGUCGCCCAGCAGCGAGACCCCGAAAAAAAAAAAGAAGCGCUUUUCCUUCAAGAAGUCCUUCAAGCUGAGCGGCUUCUCCUUCAAGAAGAGCAAGAAGGAGGCGGGCGAGGGCGCUGAGGCGGAGGGCGCGACCGCCGACGGCGCCAAGGACGAGGCCGCAGCGGCUGCAGCGAGCGGCGAGGCGGCCGCGGCCCCCGGGGAGCAGGCGGGCGGGGCGGGCGCCGAGGGCGCGGCGGGCGGAGAGCCCCAGGAGGCCGAGGCAGCGGAGGCCGAGCAGCCGGAGCAGCCCGCGGCGGACGAGCCGCAGGCCGAGGAGCCGUCGGAGGCCGCGGGGGAGAAGGCGGAGGAGCCCGCGCCGGGCGCCACCGUGGGCGACGCGCCCUCCGCUGGGGGGCCGGAGCAGGAGGCGCCCGCAGCCGCCGCCAGCGACGAGGCCGCGGCGUCUGCAGCCCCCGCCGCGUCGCCGGAGCCGCAGCCCGAGUGCAGUCCGGAGGCGCCCCCAGCGCCGGCGGCCGAGUAAGCUCCCGCGCCCUCCCGUAAUUCAAGAACUUUUCCCCCCAGUUUGUUUGUUGGAGUGGUGCCAGGUACUGGUUUUGGAGAACUUGUCUACAACCAGGGAUUGAUUUUAAAAGAUUUUUUUUUUAAUUUUACUUUUUUUUUUUUAAGCAGCAAAUUUUGUUCUUUUUUUUUUUUUAAGCCCCCUUCCCCCACAGAUCCCAUCUCAGAUAGUUGUUACCACCAUUCCGACAGGCGGAGGAUGGUUUAGACAGCUUCCUCUGCCUUCUUUCUUUUCUUUACUUUUACUUUUUUUUUUUUUGCAUCAGUAUUAAUGUUUUUUGCAUACUUUGCAUCUUUAUUAAAAAUAUGUAAACUUUCUUUGUCAGAUCUAUGGACAUAACCCAUAUAUGAAGGAGAUGAGUGGGUCAAAACGAAUAUCAAAUGAAGUGAUAGGGGCCACUAUGGGUAAUUGAAAUAGCGCAUAACAUUGCCAAGAUACUAUGCCACUAAAAAUCAUGGUGGGUGUAAAGGCUUAGGGUUUUCUUUCUUUCCUUUUUUUUUUUUCAAAGAAAAGUUACUAUGAUGUAUUUUGUGAGGCAGGUUUACAACACUACACGUUUUGAAUAAGAAGGAAAGAGAAAAAAAAUAAAAACACCAAUACCCAGAUUUAAAAAAAAAAAAAGAUCAUAGUCUUAGGAGUUCAUCUAAACAUAGGAACUUCUUGCUUAUCUCCUGUUAGCUGUACCAGUCAGUGAUUGAGUAGAACUACAACUUGUAUAGGUUUUAUUGUUUAUUGCUGGUUUAUGACCUUAAUAAAGUGUAAUUAUGUAUUACCAGCAGGGUGUUUUUAACUGUGACUAUUGUAUAAAAAAAAAAAAAACAAA